AUGGCCGAUCAUGAUUUCGCGCCAAGUUUCACCCAAAAGCCGCAGCUGCGCCAGGAGGACGACGGCAAUCGGUUGAUAUUCGAGUGUCAACUGGUCGCGAAGCCGAAACCGAGCAUCGAAUGGUACCGCAGCGAGGAGCUGCUGUCCGAGAAUGCGCGGACCAAGUUCAAGAUCCAAUCGUUCGGCGAGAACAAGUACUUCGUGGUGCUCGAGCUCGACGACGUCAUCGAUACCGAUGCCGGGCUGUACAAGGUGAAGGCUAAGAAUCGGAUGGGCGAGGUUUCCGCAUCGAUCAAUCUGAACUUCAGCCCUGCUGAUGAACCCGUUGAAAAGCAAAUCGACGGCGUUGCACCCACGUUCAUCAAGAAGCCCUCCAUCCAGCAGGAAAACGAUGGAAAACGACUCAUUUUCGAGUGUCAGAUUCAGGCCGAUCCGAAACCACAGAUCAGGUGGUCGCACAACAGUAAGGUCAUCGAUAACACACCGAGGCAUAAAUUUAAAGUACAAAACGACGGCAAGUUGUACCUCGCCACACUGGAGGUCGAUAAUGUGUCGUUCGAAGAUUCGGGUAAAUACAAGGUGACGGCCAAAAACGAGCUCGGAGAAUCUAGUGCAACGAUUAGCUUGAACUUUGACAGUGAGGAAGUCCCGGUACCGGCGGAUGGCUUCAAGCCUGCUUUUACAGAUCGACCUGUCACUCGACAAUCGGACGACGGCAAGAAUAUAAUAUUUGAGUGUAGAUGUAUCGGCGAUCCAAAGCCAAGCUAUUCAUGGUACCAUGAAAAGAACGAGAUCGCAAUGAGUGGCAGGUUCAGCAGUGAGGUCGAGGAGGACCAAAACCACUGCUAUCUGAUACGUUUCACGAUAAAGGACGUAAAGCAACUCGAUCGGGGCGUAUACAGUGUGCUCGCAAAGAACAAGCACGGUGAUUCUACGGCUGUUAUAAAUCUGAACUUUGACUCUAGCUCGAAACUGAUAAAUCCCGAGGGCAAACCACCCCGAUUCCCACAGAAACCCACCAUCUCCCAGAAGGGUGAUGUGCUUUCCAUGGAAUGCAUUUUGGAGGCAAUGCCGGUGGCUGACAUUACCUGGUAUCACGGUCAGGACAAGAUCGAGGAUGGCGAGCGGUUCAAGAUCUUGCGAAAGGCCAUUUCCAUCGAUACCUACCUGCUCACUCUACAGAUCUCGCUACCGACCGCCAAUGACGGAGGCAUCUAUCGCUGCCACGCUUUCAACCCCUUUGGUGAAAGUAACGCGCACAUUACGCUUAACUUCAAAGCGAAUGAAAACGAGCGUGGAUUUGCACCGUCGUUUGUGGAGAAACCGAAGAUCAUCCCGAACCAGCUGGGCACGCUAAUUACGAUGAAGUGUAGAUGUAGAUCGAAACCGAAACCGACCGUCAAGUGGAUGCGAAAGAAGCAAGAGGUGACAUCGUCCAACAAGGUCGCACUGGAAGUGAAAACAGUCGACGAGGACACGUACGAGCUCACGUUGAACAUCAAGGAUCCGAACGCGGACGAUGGCGGCAGCUACUCGUGUAUAAUCAGCAACGAGUUUGGCGAGAGCAGUGCCACGCUCAACCUGAACAUCGAGGCCGAGCAGGAGUCAACCAAGAACGCACCUAUUUUCGUGGAAAAGCCCCACAUCGUGUCGCUGGAGAACGGCAAGCUGGUGCGCAUGGAAUGCAAGGUGAAAACCGACAUCAAACCAGACAUCACGUGGACACGCGAAGGUCGACUGCUGCAAGAAACUUCGAAGCUGAAGAUGACGAUGACGCAAGAAAAGGACGUCUACCAUAUCACGCUCGUACUAAAGGAUCCACAGACGGAGGACUCUGGCACGUACAAGUGCAACAUCAAGAAUAUUCUCGGAGAGUUAAAUGCCAAUUUAAUUCUAAAUAUUGAGAUUAUUCCGGUGAUAAAGGAGAAACCGAAACUAGUUACGAACGUCAAGAAGCGCACCGCUUCCAUCGAGUGUUCGGUGGCGUCUCGCUUCAAGCCAGAAUGCGUCUGGAUGAAGGAGACUACCGUCAUCAAGGAAACCCACCGACACAUGAUUAAGAUCGAAGAAACCCGCGAGGGUGAGUUUUCGGUAAAGCUCAACAUAGUAGGCUUGAGCGAGGCUGAUUUCGGUGCCUACAAGCUGGUGGCCAAGAACGACAAGGGCCAGGCGACGUCGCAGGUGAUCGAAAUCAAAGACAUCGUGUUCGAGAAGCCACCAGCAACGAAACCGAUCAUCGAUGCCAAGUUCCAAGAUAUGGAACUGGACGAAGGUGGUGAUCUGACGUUGGCUGCAGGUUUGGCGCAACCUGACCGCCACUUCAAGGUGUACUGGAUGAAGAACAAAACUAUUCUGAAGGCCAGUGAAACGGUCAUCCAGGAGUUCAAUGGGCGAAUGGCUAAGUUAGUGGUCAAGAACGUAACCGUAGAGGACGCCGGUUCGUACAAGGUCUCUAUUAGCAAUGAAACCCAGAGUGACGAGUGCGAAUGCAAGGUCAAGGUCAACGCCAAACCGAAGCCGAAGGACGAGGAGAAGACUAAGAAGAAGCCAGCCAAGAAGGUGGAAGAGGAGGAAAAGAAGGAGGAGAAGGUUGAGUUGAAGAAGGUCGAAAAGAAGGAGCAGGAGCAGAAGGUCGAAGAGGAGAAGGUGCAGCUGAAGAAGAUGGAAAAGAAGGAACUGGAGCAGAAGGCGGAAGAGGAGAAGGUCAAGCUCAAGAAGUUCGAAAAGAAGGAAACCGAGCUCAAGGUUGAGGAGCAGAAGGUCCAACUGAAGAAGGUCGAGCGAAAGGACGGCGAGAUGAAGGCCGAAGAGAAGAAGGUCGAAUUGAAGAAGGUCGAGCGAAAGGAAGCCGAACUGAAGGUGGAAGGUGAAAAGGUCGAGCUAAAGAAGGUCGAAAAGAAGGCCAUGGAGGCUAAGGUGGAAGAGAAGAAGGCCGAGCUGAAGAAGGUCGAGCCGGAGAAAAUCGAGAUCAAGGUUGAAGAAGCGAAGAAGGUCGAAACGAAGAAGGAGGAGAAAAUUCAAAUCAAAGUGGAAGAGGAUCGUCGCGGAUCGAUACCAAAGAUCAAGGAGGAACCAGCACCGGCUCAGAAAGGACUGGAAGCUCCCAGCAUUGAAAUCAUCCGAGACAAGGGCAGCCGCCGUGGUUCAUUUAUGGACGAUCGUCGCCCGAGUUUAUUGAUCAACGAUGACACCAAACUAAGGCCUGGCGAAGUGAUCGACGAACGAAAGAAGCGACGACCAUCAAUCGAUGUACGUCGUCCGAGCAUUCAAGAUAUGGAUGAGAAGAUCAACCAGCCGUCGACGCCGCUGCGAGCGAUUGGUGAUGCAGGCAAGGCCGCCAUCAUCGUGGACUUCCAGGAGAGCUACUCGGCAGUGGAAGAUCAAACGGGCUACAUCUCGGUGCAGGUCGAGGGUAAUCCGGCACCGACUUGGAAAUUCUUCAAGGGUAUCACCGAGCUGGUUGACGGCGGUCGUUACAAACAUCACACCGAUGGCGAAAGCAACACCAUCACGCUCUGCAUCCGCAAGGUGAAGCCCAACGAUGAGGGCAAGUACAAGGUGGUGGUCUCCAACGCACACGGUGAGGACAGUGCCGACGUUCAGCUGUACGUGUCCGACUCCAGCGGUAUGGACUUCCGCGCCAUGCUGAAAAAGCGAAAGUACGCCAAAUGGGGCAAUCAAGAGAAGGACCCGGACUGGGGCGACUUGAAGGAAGUCGAGAAGCCGAAACCGCAGCUGAAAAAAGUGGAACGAAAACAAGAUACGUUCUCAAAACCGCUGGUCGAUAUUACGUGCAAGGAAGGCAAAGAUAAGAAGGUGGUGUUCGAAGCUACUUUCACCAAGCCCAACUCCAAAGCUAAGUGGUUGUUCCGAAAAGACGAAAUCUUUACCGGAUCAAAAUACAAGUUCAAGAACGAAGUCGACAACUAUACCUGUACUAUCUUUAACCCUAAGGUUGAAGAUGGUGGCAAGUAUACCUUGGAAAUUGCGGGUAUUUCAUGCUUCGCUUACCUGACGGUCGAAGAAGCCGAUCCAGUGUACAAGUUCACGAAGAAUCUCAAAAAGGCAGAGAAAGGUUUCCUUACGCACGAUUGCAUCUUGGAGUGUGCGGUUGACAACUCCCUCGCCCCGAUCGCAUGGUACAAGGGUGAGACAAAGCUGGAAAACAGCGACAAGUACGUCAUCGGUAAGGAUCUCAACGGUACCGUCACGAUAAUCAUCAAGAACUGUACGGCGGAGGACGCUGAUACGUACCGGUGUCAAAUUGAGAAACAAACCGACAAGACGGAAACGAAGCUCAAGAUUCUGGAGUACAACUACAAGUUCACGAAGGUGUUGAAGAGCCAGCAGCUGUUCGUGAAGGAUACGGUUACGCUAGCCUGCGAGCUCGAUCACGUGUUGGGCAAGGUGGAAUGGUUCAAGGGAGACGAGAAGAUCGUCGAAAGCGACAAGGUGCAGAUCGUGAAGGAUGGUCGCAAACACAAGCUGGUGCUGAAGGACGUUGCCAAAACGGACAGCGGCAUGUACCGUUGUGUCAGUAACGCUGACAAGACGGAAGCUGAGAUCUUCGUGAAACGUCCGAACAAGUUCAUGAAGAAACUGAGCGACACGGUUGCCAACGAGACAGAGAAGCUGGUGCUGGACAUUCAUGUGCAGGAUGAGGAAGCCGACGUCGCGUUCUUCCUGGGCGAAACGGAACUGAAGAAGGAUGGACGUAUCGACAUCAUCAACAAUGGUGACGGUACGCACCAGCUGGUGUUCAACAAGCUCGAGCUUACCGAUGCCGGUGAAAUUCGUUGCGAGUGUGGCCCGCUGACCAGCAAAUGUACGCUGAAGAUCAACAAGAAGGAAACGAAGCCCAAGUUCGAGGUACCACCAAAGGUCGAAACCCCAGCUAAAGUGGAGAAGGUAUUGGAGGUACCAUUCACAACCGGUGAGUCGCGUCAAUCAAAGGUGAUUGCGAAGGUGUACAAAGAUGGCAAACCGGUAUCGCCGGACGAUGUUGAUAUAGUUGUAGAGAACGACAAGGUCGUACUGAAGUUCAAGAAAACCGAAUUCAAAGAUUCGGGAGAGUAUAAGAUUGAACUGACGAACGCCACGGGUACAGAAGAGCAUACCACUAAUGUUGUCUUCCAGGACAAACCACAGCCCCCACAGGACCUCGGCUGCACGGGCAUAUAUCAGACGAAGUGUGUCGUCAAAUGGAAGGCGCCCGAAAACGACGGUGGAGCAGCGUUGGAGAAGUACGUCGUCGAGCGGCAGGACGUGUUCAAGCGCUCCGGUUGGGACGUGAUAGGUGACACGCCCGGCGACCAGUGUAAGUUCAACUGCAACGAUCUCGUCUCGGGACGCCAUUACAAGUUCCGAGUGAAAGCCAUCAACAAGAUGGGAGAAUCGGAGUACUGCGCCAUGGAGAAUGAUAUCAUUGCGAAGGAUCCUUGGACGGAGCCGGACCCACCGCGCGAUCUCGAAAUCGCCGAUUGGGAUAAAGACUUUGUCGAUCUGCGGUGGAAGACGCCGAAAUCGGAUGGCGGUGCUCCGAUCACGAGCUACAUGGUUGAGUACAAACCGUACACGGCUGCCAACUGGAAGCACUACGAAGAUGUUGGCGCUGGUCAGCUGAACAUAACUUUGCGUGGGCUGACGGUUGGUGAAACGUUUGAGUUCCGCGUGAAGGCUGUCAACCAGGGUGGAGCUAGUAAGCCGAGCAAUAGCACCGAACCGCUCAAGAUUCGCGAUCGCUAUGUCAAGCCCUUCAUCGAGGGUGAAGGACUGCAACCGAUCACGCUGAAGAAGGGCCAAACCAUUCGCUACUAUUUGCAGUACGGUGGUGAGCCCGAACCGGAGGUCGUCUGGGAGAAGGACGACAUUCUGGUGAUAUGCGAUUCCGAAAAACGAAAAACGAUCGACGUUGAGAGCUACUCUACAACGAUACAAGUCCGGCACGCCGUGCGGUCCGACUCGGGUGACUACAAACUGCGGCUGAAGAACAGCAGCGGAGAGUUUGUCACCGUUGGCAAGGUGCUGGUGCUGGACGUUCCCACGCAACCGAUCGGGCCACUCAAGAUCGAGAAGGCUAGAGCGAACCACGUCGUCAUCAGCUGGCAGCCUCCAGAGGAUACCGGCGGUUGCCCGUUGACGGGAUAUUUGCUGGAAAAGAUGGACGUCGAGAAUGGCACGUGGCUGCAGGCCGGCGAGUGUGGAGCCGACCAGUUGACCUUCGAUUUCCAGCAUCUGCAGAAGGGUCGCAAAUUUGAGUUCCGUGUUAAGGCGUACAAUAAGGAGGGCGAAUCGACGCCACUCGAAACACUGUUGGCCGUGAAGACGGUCAAUCCAUAUGAUCCUCCUGAGACUCCGGGUAAACCGUUCGUCGAUGAUUACGGUGUUGACUUCGUGGAACUGAAAUGGGAAAAACCGGAGAAGGACGGCGGGCGUCCCAUCACGCACUACGUUAUCGAGUGCAAGAACAAGUUCCUCACCGACUGGACGGAGUGCGCCAAAACCGAGAACGACGAUUGCGUCGGUAAGGUGCACGGUUUGAAGGAAAAGGUCGUCUACCAGUUCCGUGUGCGAGCCGUCAACAAGGGAGGCGCAUCGAAGGCUUCUGAACCGAGCGAUAACCACACCGUCAAGCACAAGAACCUGAAACCACGUAUUGAUCGUACGAAUUUGAAAAAUAUCACGAUUAAGGCCGGAAAGUCGAUGAUCUGGUCGGUCGACGUCAAGGGUGAACCAGAACCUGAGAUCAUUUGGAGCUGGCGCGAUGAUAUUCCGUUGACGAACACCGAAAACAUCAAAAUCGAGAACGCAAACUAUCACACGAACUUCUCCAUUAAGGAAGCGAAGCGUGCUGAUACGGGCAAGUACAAAAUCGUAGCCCAGAACGUGAACGGCAAGGACGAGGAAACGGUCGAGCUCGUGGUCCUCGGGGCACCUGGUAGACCGCAGGGCAAGCUGGAGGUGUCGAACGUCACCAAGAAGGGACUCAAGCUGAAAUGGAAAAAGCCCGCCGACGAUGGUGGCAGCCCGAUCCUGGAGUACAAGAUCGAAAAGCUGAAGAACCGCAACGGCAAAUGGGUCCGCUGUGGCACGGUAUCCGGUGGUCCGGAAAUCCUCGAAGCCGACAUUACCGGUCUGGAUGAGGGGGCUACGUACAAGUUCCGCGUGAUCGGUGUCAACGCUGAGGGUGACGGAGAGCCACUGGAAUCGGAGGAGGUUGUCGCGAAGAACCCGUACGACGAACCGUGGAAGCCGGGUACGCCGGAAAUUGUGGACUACGACGACAAGUCGGUUAAGCUGAAGUGGGCUGCACCGAAGUCGGAUGGUGGCGCCCCGAUUCAGAAGUAUGUGAUCCAGAAGAAGGACCGCUUCAAGGACUGGGAAGAUGUGAGCGAGGUAGAUGGUGGUGAGACGACGGCCACCAUUGAGGACCUGAAGGAGAACACCGAGUGUCAGUUCCGUAUCGUUGCUGUCAACAAGGCCGGUCGGUCACCCGAAUCGGACCCAACGAAGUCGCACAUAGUGAAACAUCGUGCACUGAAACCGCGUAUCGAUCGUACGAACUUGAAACCCAUCGUAGUCCGUGCUGGAAAAAUGGUUCAUUACGAUGUCAAUGUAAAGGGUGAACCAGAGCCAGAGAUUACCUGGAUCGUCAAGGAGAAGCCAGUGUUGGCCGAUGCCAAUUACGAGAUCGUCAACAAGGAUUACAACACCAAGUUUACGCUUAAGGACAGCUUGCGCAAACACAGCGGAGUUUACAAGAUCCAGGCCAAGAAUGAGCACGGCCAGGAUGAGGCCGACGUGGAGAUCACCAUUCUAUCGAGCCCGAGCAAACCGAAGGGCCCGUUGGAGGUGAAGGACAUCACCAAGAAUGGUUGCAAGCUGAAGUGGAAGAAGCCGGACGAUGACGGUGGUAAACCGAUUACUGGCUACGAGCUACAGAAGUACGAUCAGAAGGUUGGUCGUUGGGUACCGAUCGGAAAAGCUCCGGCUGACGCCGAAGAGUUCGACGUCACCGGUCUGCAGGAGGGACAGCACUACAAGUUCCGCGUGAAGGCGAUCAACGACGAGGGCGAGUCGGAACCACUGGAAACCGAGGAGUACAUUGUGGCAAAGAAUCCGUUCGAUGUGCCGAAAGCUCCCACGGAUGUGGUUGUGGUCGAUUGGGACAACGAAUCGGCCACGAUCGAGUGGAAGCGCCCUACGUCCGAUGGUGGAGCCGCCAUCACAGGAUACUGCAUCGAGAAGAAAGAAAAGGGAGAAACAAAGUGGGAACCGGCGCUUACCACCUACUCGCCAGAGUGUCGUGCGAAGGUGGUGGAUCUACCAGAGAAGCGCGUAUUCCAGUUCCGUGUUAGUGCCAUUAACAAGGCAGGAACUGGUGAGGCUUCUGAUCCUACGAACUUCCACACAGUGAAGCACCGCUACCUGCGUCCGCGUAUCGAUCGUACCAAUCUGAACCCGGUCACCAUCAAGGCGGGCCUGUCGGUGCAGUACGAUAUCGAUAUCGAAGGCGAGCCGGCACCGACCGUGAAGUGGUUCCAUGGCGAUAAGGAACUUGCAACCGAUGCGGACUACAAGAUCGACAACGUGGACUACAACACAAAGUUCUUCAUCAUGCGUGGUCGACGCAUGCUCACCGGCAAGUACACGAUUGUGGCUACGAACUCGCAGGGUGAAGAUCGCGCCGAGGUGGAGAUUUGCAUACUCAGCAAACCGGGUACUCCGGAAGGACCGCUGGAGGCGUCUGAUAUCCACAAGCACGGCUGCAAGUUGAAGUGGAAGCCACCGCUGGAUGACGGUGGCAUGCCGAUCGAAGGAUACGAAAUCGAGAAGCUGGACCCGUUGACUGGCCAAUGGAUACCGUGUGGUCAGAGUACGACUCCGGAGGCGAACAUUUCGGGUCUGCAAGAGGGUAAGCAGUACAAGUUCCGCGUGAAAGCGUUCAACAAGGAAGGUGACAGUGAACCGCUGGAGAUGGAGACCGUCAUCAUCGCUAAGGAUCCGUACAGUGUACCGUCGAAGCCGGGCCGUCCGACACCGAUCAACUGGAGCAAGGACUUCGUGGAGUUGGAAUGGGCCACACCGAAGUCGGAUGGUGGCGCUCCCAUUUCGGAGUACAUCAUUCAGAAGCGCGACAAGGCUUCACGUAAAUGGCAGGAUGCGGCGACGGUGAAGGGCGAUCGCACUCGCGGUACCGUUGAGGAUGUCGAGGAGGGUCACGAGUACGAGUUCCGCAUUGUGGCGGUAAACCGUGCUGGCCAGUCGGAACCGAGUGACAUCUCUGAUUCGGUUGUGGCGAAAAUGCGCUUCCAGGCACCGAAGAUCGAUCGCAAGAACCUGGACAAGAAGGUACUUCGCAGUGGUCAGCUGUUGAACGUGGAAGCCGACGUUACUGGUGAGCCAGCACCGAAGGUAACCUGGGAGUUCAAGGGCAAGCUUGUUGACGGCAAGGAAGACGACCGCAUCAAGCUGGACAACGAGGAGUACAAGACGAACUUGGUGAUCAGAAACUUGAAGCGCUCGGAUGCCGGUAUGUACAAGAUCACGGCCAAGAACGACUCCGGAACGGACACCGUCGACUUGGAGCUGGUCGUGUUGGCUAAGCCAUCGAAGUGUCUCGGACCGCUGAAGGUGUCCGAUGUGACGGCUGAUGGCUGCAAGCUGAACUGGUUGCCUCCGGAGGAUGACGGAGGUGAACCGAUCCAGGCGUACAUCGUCGAACGUAUGGACGUCGACAGUGGCCGCUGGAUUCAGGUUUGUGAGACCCGUUUCCCUGAGGCGGACGUUACGGGUCUUCAGGAAGGCAAGGAGUACAUGCUGCGCGUGAAGGCUGUCAACAGCGAGGGUGAAUCGGAGCCGCUCGAGACCGACACGGCCAUCAAGGCGAAGAACCCGUACGAUCCUCCGGGCGCUCCUGGCAAACCGAAACCGAUCGAUUGGUCUCGCAAAUUCGUGAUGCUGGAAUGGAAGGAACCGGAAAGCGACGGAAACGCACCGAUCCAGAAGUACAUCAUCGAAAAGAAGGACGUGAACAGCACCAAGUGGCAGAAGGCCAUGGAAACCGACGGUCCGGUUACGAAGGCCAAGGUGCCGGAUCUAUUCGAAGGUACCACCUACCAGUUCCGAGUCAAAGCCGUCAACAAGGGAGGUCACGGAGCGUAUUCACCGUUGUCGGAUCCGGUGACGGUGAAGGAUCGCUUCGCGCCGCCAAGAAUCGAUCGCACGACGCUGAAGAACAUCACGCUGAAGGGAGGUCAAUCGCUGCGAUUGGACUGCAAGAUCAGUGGAGAACCAGCGCCAACGAAGUACUGGCUGUUGAACAAGGCACGCGUCGAGAAGGAUAGCCCCGAUGUGCGUGUCGAGUUCGAGGACUACCGUGCUAAGUUGUCGAUUAGCAACAUCACGCGCGCGCAUGGCGGCACUUACGAAAUCAAGGCCGAGAACGCGUCGGGAUACGAUGAAGCGCAGAUCACGGUGACCGUGCUGGACAAACCGACUGCUCCUGAAGGCCCGCUCAAGGUGUCGAAUGUGCACAAGGAGGGCUGUUCGUUGAAGUGGAAUCCGCCACUAGACGAUGGCGGUGUACCGAUCGAGUACUACAACGUCGAGAAGUUCGACAAGGAAACGCAACGCUGGCUGCCGGUUGGACGUACGCGUGAUACUCACAUGGAUGUGGCCAACCUAGAACCGGGCCAGGAGUAUCUGUUCCGCGUGUCCGCCGUCAACGAUGAGGGUGUCUCGGAGCCUUUGGCGACGGAUACCUACAUGACCGCGAAGAAUCCGUUCGACGAGCCUGGCAAACCGGGCACACCAGAGGCGUACGAUUGGGACAAGAACUUUGUCGAGCUGCGCUGGACACCACCGAUGACUGAUGGUGGAUCGCCGAUCACCAAGUACAUCGUCGAAAAGCGCGUCCAUGGUACCAUCAAAUGGAUCAAGUGUGCCGAGGUCAUCGGUAACAAGUGCGAAGCGAAGGUAACCGAGCUGAAUGAGGGCGAGGUGUACGAGUUCAAGGUACGCGCCCUCAACGAGGCAGGACCUGGUGUGUGGAGCGAUCACAGCAAGCCGAUUACUGCCAAACCACGUAAAUUGCCACCAAAGAUCGACCGUCGCAACUUGAAGAAUCUGAGUGUUGCCAUUGGCGAACCAUUCGGAUUUGACGUUAAAAUUUCGGGAGAACCUGCUCCAGAUGUCGAUUGGACGAUCAACGAUCGUAUGGUCACGGUAACGACCACUCGCACGAUUGACAAUGUGCCGUACAACAGCAAGUUCGCCAACCAGAAUCCGGACCGUCGUGAUUCGGGCAAGUACGUCAUCAAGGCCACGAACAAGUUCGGAAGCGAUCAGGUCGAGAUCACUGUAACUGUGAGAUCUAAGCCUGCUGCACCCGAGGGACCGUUGGAGGUUAAGGAUAUGACGAAGGAUAGCUGCAAGCUCGAGUGGAAAAAGCCGAAAGACGAUGGUGGUGUGCCGAUCGAUCACUACGUGAUCGAGAAGUUCGAUCCAGAUAAUGGUAUCUGGAUGAACGCAGGCAAAACCGAUGGACCCCUUACGGAGUUCCCAGUCGAGGGGCUGGUGCCUGGCCAUCGUUACAAGUUCCGCGUUAAGGCUGUGAAUCCUGAAGGCGAAUCGGACCCGUUGGAAACCGCCGGAACCGUUGUUGCAAAGGAUAGCUUCUCUGUUCCUGAUACACCCAGCGCACCAAUGGUUGUCGAUUGGUCUGAGAAUCACGCCGUGCUUAAGUGGCCGGAACCAGACGAUGGUGGCAGUCCGAUUACGGGUUACAUCAUUGAGAAGAAGGAUAAGUACAGCCCUAUCUGGGAGAAGGCAAUCGAAACGAGCUCACCGAACCCAACGGCUACCGUGGGUGGAUUGGUGGAAGGCAACGAGUACCAGUUCCGUGUGAUUGCCGUCAACAAGGCAGGUCCUUCCGAUCCAUCGGAUUCGAGUCGCACCUUCACGGCGAAGCCGAGAUUCGCACCGCCCAAGAUCGAUCGCCGUACGAUCCGUGAUCUUUCGAUUUCUGCUGGUUCGAUGUUGAAGUUCGACGUGGCAGUUUCCGGUGAGCCUGCUCCCAAGUGCGAGUGGCGUGUCAACAAGUCCAUCGUGUCUGGUGGCGAUCGUCGCUUGGAGAUCCUCAACACCGACUACAACUCGAAGUUCAUCCUUCGCCCGGCGAACCGUGGAGAUUCGGGCGAUUACGAAAUCACCGCCACGAACUCGUCGGGACGUGAUCACGUGCUGGUGCAGGUCACGGUAACUGACAAGCCUGGCCCACCAGAGGGCCCACUUACCGCGUCGGACAUCACGAAGGAAUCGUGCAAGUUGAAGUGGAAGCGUCCGAAGGAUGACGGUGGUUGCGACAUCGAGUACUACCAGAUCGAGCGCUAUGAUGAUGACGUGAAGGCGUGGGUUCCUCAUGCUCGCAGUGUCGAAACCAACGCCGACAUCAGUGGUUUGCAGGAUGGCAAAAAGUACAAGUUCCGCGUUAGCGCGAUCAAUGCCGAAGGAGAAUCGAAGCCGCUGGAGCAGGUUGGUGAUUUCAUCGCUAAGAAUCCGUUCGAUGAACCUUCUGCUCCACGUGAUUGUAAGGCUACCGACUGGGGAACUGACUUUGUUAAGCUUGCCUGGCAGCCACCGGUUAGUGACGGAGGUUCGCCAGUUACGGGCUAUGUGGUGGAGGUGAAGGAUAAGUACGGAGAAUGGGAGCGCAAGAUGGCUGUUCCUGCUGACGCGACGUCAGCUACCGUGCCCGAUCUGCUCGAAGGCCAGAAGUACGAAUUCCGCGUACGUGCAGUUAAUGAUGCUGGUCCUAGUGACCCGAGCAACGCAACUCCACCAGUCAUUUGCAAACCGCGUAACCAACCACCGAAGAUCGAUCGCACCAACCUCAUCGAGGUGCGCAUUAAGGCGGGUAACAACGUUGUGUUUGACGUUAAGGUGUCUGGUGAGCCAGCACCAACCACUAGAUGGUCGAUCAACAAGCGUGAGGUGAAGCCUAGCGAGCGGUACAAGCUGCAGAACUACGACUACAACACCAAGCUUACCAUCCGGUCGGCAACUCGGGAAGAAAGUGGCACUUAUCAGCUCGAUGCCGAGAACGAAAACGGCAAGGAUACGGCGACCGUGCAGGUCACUGUGCUGGAUAAGCCAAGCCCACCAGGAGGUCCGUUGAAGGUGGUUGAAAUUACUGCCAACACUGCUGUGCUGGAGUGGCGCCCACCAUCGGAUGACGGCGGAUUGCCUGUUGACAACUACAUCAUCGAGAAGCUGGACGAGGUCAAGGGUACGUGGUCGUAUGCGGGAGAUUCGGGCAGUCCAAGAUGCAAGGCCGAAAUCGAUGGUCUCAUCGAGGGCCAUACGUACAAGUUCCGUGUGCGUGCCGCCAACAAGAUGGGCAGGUCGGAACCGCUGAACAUGGCCAACUCGGUACUGGCGAAGAACCCGUACCGUGCACCGGACCGACCGGAGGAGGUCACCAUCAAGGACUACGACAAGGACUAUGUCGAGCUGGAAUGGAAGGCACCGGAGAACGAUGGAGGAUCUCCCAUCACCGGAUACGUCGUGGAGAAGUUGGGUAAAUACUCUAGCGAUUGGGAGAAAGCGGCUGAGGUGCCUGAAGGAGACGUCACGAGCGUGAAGGUGCCGGAUCUGAUCGAAGGAACUGCCUAUCAGUUCCGCGUGCGUGCCAUCAACCGAGCGGGUGAAGGUGAUCCAAGCCGUCCGACGGAAUCGCACAUCGCUCGCAGCAAGAACCAGCCACCGAAGAUCGACCGCAACUACCUGUCGAAUGUUAAGAUUCGUGCGGGACUUACGUUCGAGUUUGAUGUGCCAGUCAGUGGUGAACCGGUGCCGGCUAAGGAAUGGUCGCACAAGGACAACAUGAUCAUCAACACCGACCGCAUCAAGGUGGUGUACGAGAACUACAAGACCAAGCUGCGUGUGAUUGACGUUAAGCGUGCGGACAGCGGAGUGUACACGCUGACGGCGAAGAACAAGAACGGCAUCGACAUUGCCAACGUGAACGUGACGAUUCUGGAUGUACCUGCACCGCCAGAGGGACCGAUUCGCUUCGAGAACCUAUCGAAGACGGGCGUCACACUAAUGUGGCGUCCACCGAAAGACGAUGGUGGUUCGGAGAUCAUGCACUAUGUCGUGGAGAAGCUGGACACUGAUCAGCUGCGUUGGGUGCCGGUGGGAGAGACUAUUUCCACCAAGAUCCGUCCCGACAACUUGAUCGAGGGACAUUCGUACCAGUUCCGUGUGCGUGCUGUUAACAAGCAGGGUGAAUCUACGCCACUGGUGACAUCGCAACCAAUCACGGCGAAGGAUCCGUACAACAAACCGGACAAACCCGGCAAGCCACUGGUGGUGGAUUGGAGCGACGAUCACGUGGAUCUGGAAUGGAGCAUCCCCAAGAAGGACGGUGGUGCACCGAUUACCAGCUACAUCGUCGAAAAGCGCCCGCGUUACGGUGAUUGGAAGUUUGCCGGAGAGUUUACUGAGCUGUACAAGCCAUCCGCUAAGAUCAAGGAGCUGACGAAGGAUGAAGAGUACGAGUUCCGCGUGUGUGCUGUCAACAAGGCGGGUGUGAGCGACCCAAGCGAACCAUCCGACCCAGUCGUGUGCAAGUCACGCUUCGUGUCACCGCACUUCAACAAGAACGCACUCAAGGAUCUAGUUGUCCCGGUGGGCAAGAAGAUCGCCUACAACAUCUCUGUGGAGGCGUCACCGCAGGUGACGGCCGUCUGGAAGCGUAACGGUGCCGUCAUUCCCGAGUCACAGCGUGUCAUUCGCGAGGUGUACAACAACGAGGUUUCGCUGGAGAUUCCAUUCUCGGUGCGAGACGAUACGGGCAUGUACACGCUGAUCGUGAAGAACGAGUGUGGAGAAUUCUCGGCAUCGGCCAACGUGACGGUGUUGGACAAACCGGCUCCACCGGAAGGACCGCUCAGGAUCACGAACAUCACCACCGAAGGAUGCCGGCUCGAAUGGAAGCUUCCCAAGGACGAUGGUGGAAGUCCGAUCACGCACUACGUCAUCGAGAAGAUGGACAUGUCGCGCGGUACUUGGACAAACGCCGGCAUGAGCACUUCGCUGGUGAACGAAAUUUCGCGGUUGAUCCACAACAAGCGCUACUCGUUCCGUGUGAAGGCCGUGAACGAGAUCGGUGAAUCGGAGCCACUGGAUAGCUCGCACCCGAUCGUGGCCAAGAACGACUACGAGGAACCAUCGCAGCCACCGAAGCCGGAAGUGCGCGAUUGGGACGCCAACUCGGUUACGAUUCAGUGGAACCCACCGAAGUCCGAUGGAGGCGCUGCCAUCACCGAGUACAUCGUGCAGAAGAAGGAGAAGGACAGCCCGUACUGGAGCAAUGCUGGCCGUGUGCCUGGCAUCAAGCGUGAUCUGCAGAUUCCGGAUCUGGCGACGGAGACGGAGUACGAGUUCCGCGUUAUCGCCGUUAAUGCGGCUGGAGAAUCGGAACCAUCCGAUGCUUCGGAUGCUGUGCUGACGCGAUCGCGCUUCAUUGCACCGAAGAUCGUGACACCGAUGCGCGACAUGGUGGUGAAGGCUGGAUUGAUCUUCCAUUUGGACAUCAACUUCACGGGUGAACCUGUGCCGGAUGUCGAAUGGACGUUGAACGGUAAGCCCGUCAAGACGGACAGCCGCACGACAAUGACUGCGUUGGGUCAUCACACGAUCGUGCACACGGUGAACUGCAACCGAGGCGAUUCGGGCACGUACAAGCUUGUGAUCAGUAACUCGAGCGGUAAGGAUGAGGGAAGCUUCAACCUGACGGUGCUCGAUCGACCUGAUCCACCACAAGGACCGACGGUGUACGAAGAGAUCACCGAGAAGAGCGUGACGAUUUCCUGGAAACCACCGCUAGACAACGGUGGCUCAGAGCUCACCGGAUACGUGGUGGAGAAGAAGGAUCUGACACAUGGCGGUGGCUGGGUACCGGCUGUGGCCUACGUCAGCCCGAAGUACACGCACACCGUGGUACCACGUUUGAACAAGGGCAACAAGUACGAGUUCCGCGUAAUGGCCGAAAAUCUGCAGGGCCGCUCGGAUGGACUAAUGAGCGCGCAUCCGGUGGUCGCGAAGGAUCAAUUCGUGGUUCCUGGACCACCGACGAAGCCGGACAUCAUCGACAGUGGAUACGAUCAGAUCACACUCAGCUGGAAGCCACCGAUCAGCGAUGGUGGAUCGCGCAUCUCGGGCUACAUUAUCGAGCGCCGCGAUCUGGCCACCGGACGGUGGAUUCAGGCGAACAAACACCCAGUGCCCAACAUCGAGUACACGGACACGGGAGUUAUCAAGGGACACCAGUACGAGUACCGUGUGUCGGCGGUUAACCAAGCCGGCCAAGGUAACCCAAGUGAUACGUCCGUUAAAUGCUGGGCCCGCCCGAUGCAGCAAGCUCCGGCACUCAAUAUGGAUAGCUUUAGUAAGCGCACUAUCAAGGUGCGUGCUGGUGAACCAAUUGUCAUCACUAUCCCGCUGGUGGGAGCACCUCUGCCGGCGAUCGAAUGGUCACGUGGUGGCAACAAGAUCCCAGAAACGUCGCGUGUGUCGAUCGACACCAACAUGGAGCAGACGGUAUUCCGUGUGGACAACAGCAACCGCAACGACUCGGGCACGUACAAGAUCAAGGCGUCGAACCAGUACGGCGAAGAUGUCAAGGAGUUCGAAGUCAUCGUCGUCGAUCGUCCGCAGCCACCGAAGUACGUGUCGGGUCUGGAGACGACGCAGGACAGCGUUACGCUCAACUGGGACGCACCCUCGGACGAUGGAGGCUCGGAGAUCACCGGAUACAGCAUCGAGUACAAGGAGUUCCCAUCGGACAACUGGAAGAUGGUGUACGGUACUGUGCCACGUUGUUCGCACACUAUUAAGCACCUGACCGAGAACCACGAGUAUGUGUUCCGCGUGCGGGCUGAGAACAUCUAUGGCGCAUCGGAGCCCACCGAGAGCAAACCGAUCUCGCCGAAGAGCCCGGACCCGCCAGAGGCGGUUGACAAGCCAACCAUUACGGACUACACGCCUAGCUCGUGCACGAUCGCUUGGAAGCCACCACGCGUGCAAACGCGCCCGGUCGUGGGUUAUUACGUUGAGAAACGCGAGCGUGGUACUGGAGAAUGGAUUCAGGUGAACAACUAUCCUACGACCAACACCACGUACACGAUUCCUGACCUUAUGGAGGGCUUCCGGUACGAGUUCCGUGUCAAGACCGUCAACGAGGUCGGUGUAAGCAAGCCGAGCGAACCGACGGAUCCGAUUACGGCGUCACACCAGCGUAAGCGUCCUAACCAGCCAGAUCCGCCAUCGAUCGAUAAGAUCACGCGCAACAGCGUCAAUCUAUCCUGGCGCACGCUGCGGCGAGACGCGAAGGAGAAGAUCAAGGGCUACAUCGUGCAGUAUCGCGUGAAGGAUGACGAGAAAUGGGUGGACGCGAACUCCGCAAGCGAUCUGGUCGUGGAUCAGGCGUACCGUGUUGAGAACCUGGACGAAGGCAAGGAGUACCAGUUCCGGUUGAUCGCUGUCAAUGAGAUUGGCCAGUCGGAUCCUUCGCGGCCAAGCAUUUCGGUAACGCUGGCAGAACAACCGAACAAACCGAUGAUGGACUUGCGCAACGUGCACGACAUCACGGUCCGAGCUGGCGAGGACUUUAACAUCCACGUGCCGUACACGGCGUUCCCGAAACCGGUCGCGUCGUGGUUCGUCAACGAAGAGCAGUUGGAUGACAGGGAUAAGCGCUUCCACACGCAGCUCACCGACGAGGCGGCUAGUAUCGUGGUCGUGAAGAGUGUCCGAGCGGACUCGAAGCAGUACCGACUGAUGCUGAAGAACCCGUCUGGAUACGACAUCGCCACGUGCAACGUGAGGGUGUUGGAUCGUCCAAGCAAGCCAGAGAACAUUGCCGUCGAAUCGUACGGUGGUGAGCAUCUGGUGCUGUGCUGGAACGCUCCACUGGACGACGGUGGAUCUCCGGUCACGAACUACGUGGUGGAGAAGAAGGACAAGAACUCGAACGCCUGGACGAAGGUCAGCAGCUACUGCACGACGACGUAUCUCAAGAUUCGUAACCUGCAGCUAAACAAGCUGUACGACUUCCGCGUGUACGCCGAGAACAAGUACGGCCACUCGGAUCCCGCCCAGGCCGACUCGAUCGUGGCGAAGCAUCCGUUCGAUCCACCAUCGCAGCCUGGAACGCCAAGCCGUGUGGAAACUACCGAGGAUACGAUCACGAUCACGUGGACGAAACCGGCCAGCAAUGGUGGUUCACCGGUCACGCAUUACAUCGUGGAGAAGAAGCUAGCAUCCGAGGGCCACUGGUCGAAGGUGCAACAGGGCACGCUGAAGGACCUGAUGUGCAAGGUGUCGGGACUUUCCGAGAACCACGAGUACGUGUUCCGUGUGGCUGCGGUUAACGCGGCUGGAACUAGUCCUUACAGCAACCCAUCCGACCCGAUCAUGGUCAGUGCGGCGUUCACGGCUCCGAAGAUCACCUCGGACAUCGGAAUGCGCGACAUUCUGGUUAUCGCUCGUGAUCCGUUCAAGAUCAUUGUGCCAUACACCGCCAUUCCCAAGCCGGACGCCAUCUGGAUGGUUAACGGCAAUGAGGUGUCCCGUAAUGAGCGCAUUGAGCUGUCGGUGAACGAUACGGAGGCAAUCUUCAAGAACGAUAACUCCAAGCGCAUCGACUCUGGCAGUUACACCAUUCAUCUGGUGAAUUGCGUUGGCAAGGAUACUGCCUCGUGCCGUGUGUUGGUGGUUGACAAGCCAUCGCCACCGAUCGGUCCACUGGAGGUGUCUGAGAUCACGCCCGAAUCGUGCACACUAUCCUGGAAGACGCCACUGGACGAUGGUGGCAGUCCGAUUACGAACUACAUCGUAGAGCGGUACGAACCACUCGGCUACUGGACGAAGGCUAGCAGCUUUGUGCGUAGCACGCACUACGACAACAUGGGUAUGGAAGCGAACAAACCGUACAACUUCCGCGUGCGUGCCGAGAACCAGUACGGUGUGAGCGAUCCGCUGAUCCUGGAGGAGCCGAUUAUCGCGCGUUAUCCGUUUACGGUGCCAGAUCCACCGAAUCCACCGCGCGUGUCGGACUGGGAUGCGAACUACGUCACUGUCACCUGGGAGCGGCCGCUUAUGGAUGGCGGAUCGCGCAUCCAGGGCUACCGGUUUGAGUAUCGUGACGUGCUGGACAGCACCUGGAUCACGAACAACUUCCUCAUCAAGGACAACAGCUACCAGGUGUACAACUUGCUGCCGGGUCGCGAGUAUGAGUUCCGUGUGCGCGCGCAGAAUGCUGCAGGUGUGAGCAAACCUUCGGCUUCGUCGAAGAAGUUCAAGAUCCACGGCAAGAUCACACCACCGUCGGCACCGGGAGCUCCGGCAGUCGUCAAGGUGGGCAAGAGCUUCGUGGAUCUCAGCUGGACCACGCCGGCAAGCGAUGGUGGUUCGCGAAUCCUGGGCUACUACGUGGAGCGGCGUGACAUCGGAGGUGCUCGGUGGGUGAAGUGCAAUGAGAACAACAUCCCUGUCACGGAACUGACCGUCACCAACCUCAUCGAGGGUGGUGUGUACGAGUUCCGCGUGUACGCAGUCAACAACUACGGUGUGUCGCCACCAUCACCCGAAACGCGCUCGGUGCGUAUCGGAGAACAAUUGGAUACUGAGAAGCCGGAAUGGGUCAAGAGGUUGAAGUUCCACCUGGUGCCAUUGGGCAAGUCAGUGGAACUGUCAUGCGAGGCGCACGGAAAGCCAGAACCAACCUGCAGAUGGUUGCGCAAUGGCAAGGAGAUCACGCAUGGUGGACAGUUUGCGCUGGAGAGCAAGAACGGUGUGUUCUCGCUGCACAUCUCGAACGUGACCUACCGCGACGAGGGUGACUAUACCUGUGAGGCACUCAACUUCGUGGGUGUGAUCCACACAACCGGUGCGCUGAAGAUCGGUGUACCACCGAAGUUGGUCAACAUUCCGUCGGAUGUGUACCUGGUGAAGGGCGACAACGCGAAGAUCAAGCUGUGCUUCCACGGCGAUCAGCCGAUGGAGGUGAACAUCUCGAAGGACCGCGAGAAGCUGAUCGAAACCGACCACAUCAAGUACACCGUGUUCGACGACUACGCAGUCAUCUACAUCCGCGACGUGCUGGACACGGACAAGGGUGUGUAUCUGGUGAACUUCAAGAACGACAGUGGCAGCGUCUCGUGCAACGUCAACGUGCACGUUACCGGACUGCCAGGACCACCGACAGGCCCGCUGUUGGUGAGCCACGUCACGAAGAACAUGUGCACCGUGUCCUGGAAGCCACCGGCGCACGAUGGUGGCCGCAAGGUUACGCACUAUAUCGUGGAGCGUCGCGACAUCAAAUCGCAGCACUGGCUAAUCGUGUCGAACUACGUGAAGGAAUCGCAGCUCAUCAUCAAGGGUCUGAUCGAGGGUUCGGAGUACUUGUUCCGCGUGUCGGCCGUCAACGAGAACGGCAUCGGACCUGCACUGGAGGGUGUCGAUCCGAUCAAGGCGCGUGGUCCGUACGACCUGCCAUCGGCACCUGGUGUCCCGAUUAUCCACGAGGUCGGCGGAGACUUUGUCAACCUCGAGUGGGAGAAACCGGUGUCGGAUGGAGGCGCUCGUAUCCAAGGUUACUGGGUCGAGAAGCGCGAACAGGAUACGGACACGUGGCAGCGCGUCAACACGACGCUCUGCGUGAUCUGUACCAUCAACUGCGCCAACCUGGUCGAGGGUCGUCACUACGAGUUCCGCGUUGCCGCACAGAACGAGAUCGGUGUGUCGGAGUUCUCGAAGGCGUCGCAGCUGGUUAAGGUUGUCGAUCCGGAUGUGGUGAAGCCGCCCGAGAUCGUGAAACCACUGAACACGCUGACGUGCGUGCAGAACCGUGGUGUCGAGUUCGUGUGCAAGAUCACCGGUGUACCACGGCCCAGGAUCACCUGGCACAAGGGUGCACGUGAGAUCUGCUCUGGAUCUCGGUACCACAUGUACAGUGAUGGUGACACGCACCACCUGGCUAUCAACGACGUGUUCGGGGAGGAUGCGGACGAGUACACUUGCCGUGCUGCUAACCGUGGAGGUGUUCGUUCGACGAAGGCAUCGCUGAUCAUCAAGUCACCGCCGAAGUUGAACGUACCACCGCGCUUCCGUGACACGGCCUUCUUCGAUAACGGUGAAAAUAUCGAAAUUAAGAUUCCGUUCACUGGCUUCCCGAAACCACGCUGCCACUGGACGUUGAAGGGCGAACAGAUCGAGUCUGGCAGUCACUACCAUAUUGAGACACGCGAGCGCCACACGGUGCUGACGAUCCGCGAUGGCUCGCAGCUGGACUCGGGCACGUACACGAUCACCAUCGAGAACGAGCUUGGUCAGGAUACGGCUGACAUCAAGAUCCAGAUCAGUGAUCGACCGGACAAACCGCGCAACCUGACUGUCGACCAGGUUGGACUGGAUCACGUAACACUGAGCUGGCUGCCUCCGGCAUGGGAUGGUGGUGCAAGCAUCACCAACUACAUCGUGGAGAAACGCGAAGUGCCACUGUCCACGUGGAUCCGGGCUGGCACGACGCGCUUCAAUCAGCUGAUCAUUCCACACCUGUCACCGGGACACCAGUACGAGUUCCGCGUGUUCGCUGAGAAUGUGUACGGUCGCUCGGAACCGUCGGAUCAGACCGAUCUGAUCAGCCUGAAGGAUCUGGGCAUCAAACCAACCAAGCGCGUCAAGUACGAGCUGGAUGAGAACGGCAAACCGAAGCGUGGCAAGAAGGAAGCCAUCUCCGACUACGAUGAUUACGUGUUCGACAUUUACUCGAAGUAUCACCCGAAACCGGUCGAGAUCUCGAACAAGAGCGUGUACGAUCAGUACGAGAUCCUGGAGGAGAUCGGUACGGGCGCAUUUGGUGUGGUACACCGGUGCCGCGAGCGCAAGACUGGCAACGUCUUCGCUGCGAAGUUCAUACCGGUGUCGACGAAUGCCGAGCGCGAGCUGAUCCGACGCGAGAUCGACAUCAUGAACCAGCUGCACCACCGCAAGCUCAUCCACCUGCACGACGCAUUCGAGGAUGAGGACGAGAUGGUGCUGAUCUACGAGUUCCUGUCGGGUGGUGAACUGUUCGAGCGCAUCACCACCGAGGGCUACCGCAUGUGCGAACAGGAGAUCAUCGAGUACAUGAAGCAGAUCUGCGAAGCCGUCAAGUACAUGCACGAGAAGAACAUCAUCCACCUGGACAUCAAGCCGGAGAACGUGAUGUGCCAGACGCGCAACACCAACCAGGUGAAGCUGAUCGAUUUCGGACUAGCGACCAAGCUGAACCCGAACGAGAUGGUCAAGAUCUCGACGGGUACGGCUGAGUUCGCGGCACCGGAGAUCGUCGAACGUGAACCGGUUGGGUUCUACACCGACAUGUGGGCGGUUGGUGUGCUGGCGUACGUCCUCGUCAGUGGACUGUCGCCGUUUGCGGGUGAAACCGACAUCGACACGCUGAAGAACAUCAAGCAGGGUACGUGGGAGUUCGAUGAGGUCGCAUUCCGAGGCGUAUCGGAAGAGUGCAAGGACUUCAUCCGCCGGUUGUUGAUCAAGAACACCGAAAAGCGCAUGACCGCACACGAGUGUCUAACGCACGUGUGGCUGAGCGACACGUACAACAGCUCGACGUCGCUGAUCUCGAUCGAGCGUUACAAGCAGAUUCGCGAUCUGAUCCGCAGGAAGUACGAGAACUGGGCGUCGUUCGUGUUGCCGUUGGGUCGCUUGUCAGAGUACUCCGCUCUGCGCAAAUUGCUGAUCCAAAAGUACAAGAUCCACGAGACGUCUGUCGAUCGCCGCCAGGCCGCACCGCGCUUCGUCAUCCGUCCGCAGUCCGCGUUCUGCUACGAGGGCCAGAGCUGCAAGUUCUACUGCCGUGUGAUUGGUGUGGCAACGCCGGUGCUCACGUGGUACCACAACAACCAGGAGCUGAAGCAAUCGGUCAAGUUCAUGAAGCGGUACGCCGGCGACGACUACUACUUCAUCAUCAACCGCGUCAAGCUGGAUGACCGCGGCGAGUACAUCAUCCGUGCCGAAAACCACUACGGAGCACGCGAAGAGGUGAUCUUCCUGAACGUGCACCCGAUGUCGAAGCAGGUGCCGAUCUACAAACCGGAAACGUUGACCAUCCGCAAGCGCGAACCAAGCCCACGACCAUUCUGGCAGGAGGAAGCCGACUCUGCACCAUCGUUCACGUUCGCCCUGCGUCCUCGUGUGAUGCAGUUGCGCGAUACGUGCAAGCUGUUGUGCUGCGUGGCCGGCAAGCCUAUGCCAUCCGUGAAGUGGUACAAGAACGGUCGAGAACUGAGCAAGUACGAGUACACGAUGACACACACGGACGGUGUCGUCACGAUGGAAAUCAUCGACACCAAGGUGGAGGAUUCGGGCGAGUACAAGUGCGUGGCCGUCAACCCGCUGGGUAAGGCGGAAACGUCUUGCGUGGUGAUCGUGGAGGAUCACCGUGUCGAGCAGCAGUUGGCUGUGAAACCUGACGUUAAGAAACCGACCAUCAAGAAACCAGAACCAUCGACCACAUCGGGCUCGCGUUUGGGAGCUCCGACGAACGAGGCUAGAUCUAGGAACUCCACUCGCGAACUGAUCCGUAAGUAUCGAUCAUACGUGUGAGAGUGUACGGGUGAAAGUUCUCGUCUCGUGAAGCUUACAUGCCGGCCCUUUUUGUGUGGUGUCCUUUUAGCGCUUCAAUCGGACAGCUUGAUGCACCCGCCAGAGUUCACGAAGAAGCUGAAGGAUGUAGUCGCCGCGGACGGUGAACCUUUGCAGUUGAACUGUCACGUUAAUGGCGACCCGCUGCCGCAGAUCGUGUGGACGAGAGAUGGCAAGAAGCUCAGCUCGUCCGAUGUGAUCGACAUCAAGUACAAAUCUGGAAUCGCUAGCCUGCGCAUCAACGAGCUGUUCCCAGAGGACUCCGGUUUGUACGUGUGCACGGCCAAGAACUCCAUGGGAGAGUCGUCCACUCAGUGUACGCUGAACGUGAAGAGUAAGUACUGGAGGCUGACGAACGCAGGGACCAACGCACCCGUCAUCAAGAAGCACGCUGAUUCCGGCUACUACAAGGACGGCUCGGAGGUGUUCAUCUCGUGCAGCAUCAACUGCACCGAUCCGUUCAACGUGAUCUGGUUGCACGACAACCGUGAGAUCAAGAACUCGGCCGACUUCGAAUACCUGAACGACGGUGACAUCUACACGCUGCAUGUCGCCGAAAUCUUCCCGGAGGACGCCGGCACCUACACCUGCGAGGCGUUCAACAAGGGCGGCGAGAGCUUCAGCUCGUGCACGAUCACGGUCCUGGCGCAGGACGACCAGAAGGAAAAACCGACCUUCGCCAAAUUCCCGGCUUCGUUGAGCGUCCUCGACGGAGCCAAGGCUGUGUUCUCCUGCGAAACCUACGAAGCACCGUCGAAGCUGCAGUGGUACAAGGACGGUGAGCCGAUCAAUGAGUCAUCGAAUCGGUACCGUUUCGUGAAGAAGGACAACAAGUACACCUUCACCGUGGCCAAGUGUUCGUACGAGGACAUUGGCCAGUACCAGGUGCGGGUCGUGACACGAGCUGGAGACGCGCUGGCUUCCUUCUCGCUCAACGUCAGUGCCUAAGGCGGCCGCGUCCGAUGGGAUGCGAAAAACGGGGCCCAAGAUGGCCAGAUGCACUAUUUUAAACUGUAAUUAUAACACUAGCCGUAAGUGUAGGCGAUAGAAUCGAUUUGUCUUAUUUUUUGUAUAAACAUAUUUUGGGCCGGGCAAACGCGAAUGGUUUACUUUACACUUUAUGUUCUCUCUCUUUUUUAACGCAAGUUGUUAAGUUUUAUUUUUGUAAAGUAUUAUUAUUGACUUAAACGAAUGGUAUUU